AUGGACAAGAAAUAUAUGCUUCUAGCUCUUGUCCUUUCUAUUCUAUUUAUAUAUUCGGAUUGUCAUGGUCAUGGAGAUUAUUCAGAGAAACAUGGGGAACAUUCUAGUUAUUCCGAUAGUGGUGGAAGCGGAGGACAUAAAAAGUCUGAACAUUCUGAAGGUUCACAUGGUGACAGUUCUAAACAUGGACACGAUGAUCAUGGUAGUCAUCAUAGCCAUGGUGGAGACAACAAGCAUGACUCAGGUGGUCACUCCAAUGAAGAAUAUGGGCACGAUCAUCAUGAAUCUUCCGGUGGAGGAGGACACGAUAGCGGAGAACAUCAUGAUAGUAACUACGGAGGAGGAGGAUCUAAGGGUGGAAACGAUGGAAUGAGCCAUUUUCACAAGAAAGGCGGUAAAAGCAAUGGCUUCAAAAAUGUAUACCAUAAAGAAGAAUAUGGAGAUCAUAAAUCAUAUCACGAUGAAUACGGCGAUAGUGAUUACAAAAAGAAACAUAGUGAUUAUCACGAUGAAUAUAGUAAGAAGGGAGGAAAACAUUCCGAAAGUCAUGAUGGCAAAAAGCAUCAUCACAGUAAUAAAAAGGGUAGCGAUUACAGCAAACAAGAAAAAGGUGGUCAUAGCAAACAUCACGAAAAUGAAUACAAAAAGGGAGGAGGACAUCAUAGCAGCAGUGGACGACAUAAGAAUGAAGGUGGAGGUCAUCAUUCUAGCAGUGGAAGUAGUGGCCAUAAAAAAGGAGGAAGUAGGAGUUCUUCGGGUGGCGGCUAUAGAAGUAGUCAUGGUAGCGGAGGUGGACAUGGCGGCGGACAUGGCGGUGGACACGGUGGAGGACAUGGCGGUGGACACGGUGGAGGACACGGUGGAGGACACGGUGGAGGACACGGUGGUGGACACGGGGGUGGUCAUAAAGGCUCUGGAAGCGAACAAGUUUUUGUAUUUUCUAAAAACUUUGCCAAUUUUGCGAAAAAACUCGAAGGCUUCAGCAAACAUUAA